UAUUUUAUCCCCCUCAUACAGUAUUUUCUGAAGCCAUGACCUCAGCUCAGCAUUUGCUGCGGUCUCAGAGAGACCUGCUGCUGAAGUGGACUCUGGACCACCCAGCUCCGAUGCUGCGCUGGCUGCGUGAUGCUGAGGUGCUGACUCCUGCCCACUACCUGUCGCUGCUGGAGAGGUCUCCUUCCAACGCCGUGGCCCAGGCGCUAGAGAUUGUUUGUGCCACUGAGGCGAGCAGCCAAGUGUUCCUGCAGGUGCUGAGGGAGGUACAGGACUAUUACUGCACAGAUCUGCAGGUCUGGGUGGAGAAACACUGCAGGGACGACACCGUCAGUAAACAGACGCCUACACCUGUGAAAGUUGAAGAGAAGAAGCCUAAAGGCCCCAUUGCUAAAUUGUUCAAGGGAAAGAGCAAAGGAUUUACCGUCACUACAGAGGUUAAAGCUAAAGAAGAACUCAAACCUAGCAGGAGUGUAAAGGUGGCCAACAUCCGAGUUCCCAUUUCUGCUCAUAAAACAACCCUACUGAAACGCACAGAACAGCUAAAAUGUUACUCAGAGGGCGAGAGAGUGGCUUCAAACUCGGCUUCUCACAUCGAGAUCCGCUACACCGACCUCUUCGUGACAGAAGAUGACGACGUAGUCGACAGCAGCCAACAUGAGUACUUUGAUCUGGCGAGUAGACGAGCUCGCAUCUACGUCCAUCAGGCUUGCCAGCGCAUCCGGCCAAGCCAUCUCCUGGACCCCCAAGGAACAUCAGGACGGCGCCCCAAAAGGGUUAAAAUGAAAGGUAUUGCCGGGAUUGGAAAGAGCGUGGCAGUGCAGAGACUCGUCUACGAGUGGGCGAUUGGCAAGAACAUGCGUGAGUUCACCUGCAUUUUUGACCUCCGCUUUAGAGAGCUCAAUCUGAUCGAGGCCCCGCUGAGCUUACUGGAACUUCUCGGAGAACGGUUCCGGUACCUGAAGGCAGUCCUACCUGAUCUUUUCACCUCGCCCAGCUCCUUGCUCUUCAUCUUAGACGGGUUGGACGAGUUUAAAUUCCUCUUGGACUGGAACAGUCCCGACAAAAACAUCGACGUUCGUUCCAAAGUGCCGGUGUCGGAGCUGAUGGUGGCUUUGAUCAAGGGAAGUCUUCUCCCAGAGGCUUCAGUCAUCCUCACGACGAGACCGUCCACUGAAGCUCCCAAGCGAUUCUUCCAGAGAUGCUGCGUGGUGCUGGGCUUCGAGGAAGACCAGGUGAAGCAAUAUACCUCAAAGUUCUACAAAGACGGCAAAGUGGCUGAAAAAGUCUACGAUUACAUCUUGAACAACGACAACCUCUUCGUGCUGUCGUUCAUCCCUCUGUAUUGCUACAUCAUCUGCACCGCCAUGGCCGAGUUCUUCUCUUCCGGAGAUCAAGACGUCGACGGCUCAAAGUCUCUGGAGCUAAACCCGCCGAGAACAGUCAGCGAGGUUUACUUCUGCUACCUGUUCACCGCGGUCAAGCACCAUGCGCUGAGGGGGAGCGCAGAGAGAACCACCCCGAGGUCUGAGGUUCUCUCACUGGCAAAGCAACAACUGACCAACCUGGGAAGACUGGCUUAUGAAACCCUUCUCCAGAAAAAGAUCAUGUUCAACAGAGCAGAUCUGGAGGGCUACGGUGUCACACCUGCUGAUCUUCAGAGCACCUUCCUCCGUCACAUCCUGCAGCCUCUCAAAGAGGAAACGGUGGAGAUGUUUUCUUUCUUCCACUUGACAGUUCAAGAACAUCUGGCUGCUCUGUACUGCGCCAUCAACUUCCUCAGCCAGGAGGACAUAACCCAAGCUCUGGACUUGUGGUGCUUUGGACAACAUCCACCAUCCUCCACAGCUGCACCGUUGCAAAACACGGACCUGAACACGGACACGCUGGAAAGCCUCCAGAUGUUCACUCGCUUCUUCAUGGGGAUGCUCCGAGCUCGGCUGGCCGGUCAGUUGGACGGCCUUGUUUCCUCCAACGUGGAGCAGCAGUGGGAUGGCGUCCCCACCCGGCUGGGUUUGUGGUUCCAAGACCAGUUCAAAGGCAGGAAGCUCAAUAACCAGACAGCCCUGAAUCUUCUUCACUGCCUGAUGGAGUUCCACGCGAAGGAAACCACCAGCAUGGCAGCGGCAGAGAUCAAGACGCUCAACCUGUUUAAAAUGAAGCUGAGUGUUGUGGACUGUGCAGCCAUGCACUACGUGCUGCAGUUCUCUCCACACAAGCUGCAGGAGCUCAACUUAGGAUACUCCAACAUUGGGAACAGGGGACUGAACAGACUGGGGCCAAUCCUGCACCGCUGUGAAUCUCUCUAUUUGAGAUACAACUGCCUGGACAGGAAAGCAGCUAUUUUAGAAUCUGCGGUUCUAAAGUCGAAUGAGUGCCAAGUGAAGAAGCUCUUUAUGUGUGGUAAUAAUCUGGGCCCUGAGGGGGUUCUGGAGCUGUGGAACGCUCUGGAGCACAACACCAGCGUGGAGGAACUCUACCUGGACAUCACCGGCAUCACAGAGAGAGGAACAGAAAACAUCGUCACCUGCCUCAGCAGAAACUCCUCUCUGAGGACGCUGACCAUUGUUGGGAACGACAUCGGGGAGGUGGGGAGGAGGAGGCUGAAGGAGCUGGAGCAGCGUCGACCAGGACUCCGGAUCAUUGCAAACUUUGUGGAGGACCUGGGACUCCUUCAGGCGUACCUGGACUGGGUGGAGGAGAUCCAGGCGGACAGAGACCAGAUGGAGUCGGUGAAGAACGCCGACGCCCUGCAGUCGGUGCUGAAGGGGCUCCAGGUGGCCGGAGGAAAGGUGGAGAAAGGAGAGAAGGCAGAGAAAGCCAAGGAGCUCCAGACAAACAUUGUGGAGCUGCUGAAGUCUUCAACAAACCUGAUGGGAGGAAGACAAGUUAUGUAAAAAAAUAAUAGAAAUAAAUGUGUGUACGGCAGGGGUCUCAAACUCAGACUACCUGGGGGCCGCUGGAGGCAGUAACAAAAUGACAGAAAAAACACUA